AUGAUUUCCUUGGCUUCCUUAAUUGUUCUGAGUACCGUUGCCGUAGUUCAAUCAACGCCGUCUGUAUGGGCUUGUCCUUUCGUACCCGUCGGACCAAUGGUUCAGCCAUUUGACAUGAGGAUGGGGGAAGAUUGCCCGUCGGAUUCUUUUGUACACUAUUAUUCAUGCUGCGAUGAUAAUCCAUUCCAAUGCUGCUUUCAUUUUGAAACUUGGGCAAUAGUUAUAUUUUCCAUCAUUGUGCUCAGUGGGGUUGCUGCUGGACUGUUCUUUGCUGGAAGACUGCUUCUCCGUCAGAAUUAA